AUGCAACCCCAGGUUGUCAGGCAGCUAUCGUCCGCAACGCCUGGGAAAAUAAUAGUUGUCAAGGAGCAGGAGCCGCGUCCUAUUCGGUCAGGUUCCGCACAUUAUGCUAUGGACAGACGGGCUGCUCCGCCUAGUACCGCUUAUUCUGGUCCAGGCAGAAAGAAAUCCUCCAGCAGUAAGCAAGCGCACGCCAAGAAUACUCCUAAGCAGACAGGUAAGAAGAAGAUGCGCAGCGGCACGCCAAAGAAGCAGCGGAUUCCAGAGCCGCCACAGCUUCAGCCUCCAGUGCGGCAUAAAGAUACCAGUCUUAAGGAUACUUUGGUUACCGCGUUGUUAGCUCGCAUGCGCGCUGAGGGACCGCUGUUUGGAGCUUCUGUUUCCCGAUCCAUCACGCCGAGUGGGGUCGCCCCGGCCCCUCAGCAAUCUAUCUUUACUACCACCUCUAUGGAGGACGAACUUAUCAAGAAGCUAAAGCAAGCUGUUGUUGACACGCUCCAUGAAGAAGGGAUAAGCAGGCAUGAAGAUUCACCUAAGGUGCUUCGAAAUAGCUUGACUUCGACGAGGAAUUUUGGGACAGAGACAGACAGACCUCGGGACAGGAGCGAUGAUAGAGUAGCAAAAGAUGUGCGUAAACGCAAGAAGGCUGACCCAGGGGCGACUCAGGUUACAAAGACAUCGGUUCAGCUUCCUAAUAGACUAAACGCUAUACAGCAAAAGACUAAGGCAGAGCCACCAGUGCAGUCAGCCUAUGAUGAUUUUCAGGAUAAUGACCUUUACGAAAAAGAGCUAAACGAGCUAAUGAACAGCACUUAUAUUCCUGGAACGACAGUCGACGAGUACACUGUCAAUCCAUCUUCAGCAGACGACGUAAUUGAUUUGACGGCUCCGGUAAAGUCAGACGCACACGUCCCAGCACUAUAUGACCGUGUCAACAUGGACUGGCCUUCUCGUGAAGGCAAGCAAGCAAAGCGUACCAACAAUCUUGCUGAGGGGCAACCUCCAGAUCCUCUAACUGAGAACUAUGACGGAAGCGAUAGCGAGCAGUCAGUGGUCACCAAAGAGCUCCAUAAUGCCGUCGAGAUGAUUACAAAGCUUGCCCCGUUGGUGCCCAACAACACCAAGGAAGACAAGAACAUUUCUCAAAUGGUAACAAAUCUUAGCACAGCCAUCAAUACUAUAUAUCAUGCCUAUAAAGAGGACAAGCACACUCCGGUGAUUUCUUCUCCUGAUACACGCAGAAUAGGGAACUCCAAGAAGUCAUCUCCUUUUGAGGGGCCGUUAUAUCAGCAUGCUCAGCACGCUAUCGCGCGCAAUGAGGUCUCUGAUACUCAGGACCAUGUCCCUAGCUAUAAAGAUCCUGUCGGUAUUAAAAAGGCACUGGAUGACGCCAUAUUUGAAUACCCAGAAAUUCCUGAAAAGGUCAUGACCAAGAUGAUACAGCGCGUUGCCUCUCAGGUUGAUCGGGACCCCAAUAUUACUGAGGAGAUGGCCAAGCAGCUUUUCAAGGAGGAGAUAGACAGCUUCUUGAUAAAAGCUGCUGCAGAAAAGGGUGACAAAGUUGAGCUGGCGUUAGCGUACAGCAAUAUGGCGUCAUCUAAGGUCGGGUUAAUAUCCGGUGACUCAGGAAAGAAAGUGGCUCCACCAGGCCUUGCUGACGAGGACAGUGCGCCGUCGAUGACACUUCCUGAGCAAAAUGAUCCGCACUAUGCUCCUUAUAACACGGGGGCGCAUCCCACUAGAUAUCAGCGGUCUCAUUUGACGUCUGUCAGGACCCAUCCAACAACCACAGAAACAGAUCAUGCAGGUGUCAUGGAAUCCAACAGAUCAUCUUCAGCAACGGAUCUCACCCAGAUGAGUCUAUCAGACUAUACUAAUAUACCUGUUCCGAAAAUAGAAAAGAUCAAGCCAGCCUCUUCAUAUGCGUCAGAAACCAGCGUUGACUAUGUUAUACAGAGGACAAACUUCGAUAGGGAGAUCCCUUACGAGGGCACUACACCCCACAGUAUUCCCAAUCCAUUUACACACGCGCAGGGCACCCGUCAGCUGUCUCCAGAAAGGUAUAGAUAUUCUCCGCAGGACGAAUACCUGGAGCGCGAGUCAUCUGACUUCAAAAAUCUUCAGCAUGCUGAUCUUCAGCCUAUAAAGGUCGUCCCCACUAUCACUAAUCCCACGUAUCUACCGCAGCAACACAUCAAGGCCUCCCCUCCUCCAGCCGAUAACACAAACGAGUAUGAGUUCAAUGACUUGUGCGAGGAGCUCGACAGUACAACUCAAGGAAUUGAUACAACGGUGAUACCGUUAAUUCCAGACAACUACAAAUUUGACGACUUAGACCCCAGCCAGCUACAAAACAAGCCUGUAAUAGACAUUGAACAUGAACUCAAUCUUGGCAACACACUACAAGCAGAGGAGCCAACAGAUGGAUACGACCGAUAUAUGACUCAAAAGGAAAAGCUCUCUCGGCAGAAUUUUUUUGAUGGAGCGGCUGGUCUGCCAGUAAUAACAACAGAGGUAGAUCAGCCUGAUCAUGACACUCUUGUAAAAAGGGUUAUGGAUGACGAAUCAAAGGACUGGGACACGCAGAUAAAUGAGCAGCUGGACUUUGUCGACGAAGAGAGCGACAGCGAGCCGGUCGACCUGCAACAGGGAGCCUCUGUGGAGCCUGCUUUGGCGGAUGCUGCACCUGCCACUACUACUAAUACUACCGUCCUCCCUCAAGAGCUUAUUUCGGCGAGCAAAAGUUUUGGCAUUGAUGAAUCAAUAUUAAAUCUGCACCAUCAUGCAAUCUCUUCUGGUAACAAUUCAGAUUAUAAUGAGGCACCUAGUAUACCUGGAGCGCCUGACGAGUCUCUAGAAAACCCUCCUUUGGGUUCUAAAACAACAGAUACCGUUAAUAUUGAGCACCCAGAAUAUAUAGUAGAUCAUCGAGAAGAAGCACAGUACAACGAGCUUACCAACGAAAAAGAUAGCGGAUUUAAAUCCGAUCUAGUGCCAGCGACGCACCCUGAGCCUUCCAAUUCGCAGAUGAUACAGCAUCCAGAAGAGCUAGAGUUAGAACCGGAGCCGCGCCAGCCGAUACUUUACGAACCAGAUCCAAAUGUCACUAGCAAAGAAGUCGAGCAGUACGUUGACGUCUUUUGUACUUUUAUCGAAAACGCUACCGACGUUUCCGUCUCCUUGGACGCACUCAUUGAUGUAGAUAAUAAGACAACGCAUCUAUCUGCGCUCUUUGAUUGCUGCAUAAUGGCGCUAUCUAGUGUUGGGCUUUGCGUCGUAUCACAGUUGAGCAAGGCGGUCAUCACAGACUGCGACGCCUUGGAAGCAGACUAUUUGGACAACAAUGGGUUUUACAAGUUUACCCUGGAACCUAUCGAUCACUUCGUUGAUGUAUUUCUUAUUAAAGACAGAUUUCGAGCUGCACUGGCUGAGGGAUAUGCAAAGGACAUGACCCGGCUUCAUGCGUAUUUAGCUCAGCAGCUUAAAGCGGCUGCUACUGUUCAACCUUCAUAUACAGCUGCAGUAACUGCGGGUGUUAAGCAAACAGAACAGAUCUUCUUUGAUGAAAUGGAUGCUGUACAGCUAUCUCGUGAAAUCGCAGAUAGGGUUCUAGAUGACGUUGCUAGCGAAGUUGCAGCCCUGUUUUCCUUGUAA